ACUUAGUUUUAGAAAAUUGAAUUUAAUCAUCCAACAACAAACAAUUAUUUAUUUUAAUAAAUCUUUUACAAUGUAAAACUUUCUAUACACAAUGGUUAAUUAAUUGAAUUUUUUAUUAUUACUGUGUUUAACAUUGAAAUGAGUUAUGGAUAUACAUUGUGCUUCUUUAAAGACUAAUGACAUAUGUUCAGUGCUCCUUAAAGGGAGAUUUAUCGAAUUAAUUUCCAGAUUUUGAUUGGAGAUGAUAAAUUGGAUGGACCGGACUUGACUCAACAAUUGCUGGAAAAUGAUAAGAUUCUAAAUUGUGAAUUAACGAGACGAUCUUGGAUCCUAAACUCUACUUUAGGCAAUUUUCGGGUCAAUGAGGGCAACCUCUCUAUUUCACUGACCGAAUUUAUACGAAUUUGUUCUAGAGAAUGGUCGAAUCGGAAAGUGGCUGAACUUAAGACGAAGAAAAAGGAUGUCAAGAAUCAACUCUGGUAUUUGAUCAAAGCAACCAAAAUCGGAAAUUACGUGGGUUAUCAGAUCUAACGUAAUAAUGAUGACAGUUUUUAGCUACAGAUUGAUGCCAUUCAUUGUUGUUGGCUAAGUUUGAUGGACUUCAAAUGUCAUUCCUUGGUUAAAUCUCGACGCGUGCGUUUUGGGCAAUAAUACUUAUUUCAUUGAUCAAUCAAUGAAACCUUAUUUUGAUGAAAACAAUCUUAAUCCUAUUUAUUUGUUCAAGCAUUGUUACAUAACAUGUUAAACGGAAUGUGAAAUGGAAACCUUCUAUCAAUAUUAGAGAUGAAUUUCAUAGCUAAGAUUAACAUCUUUGGAUUAAUCUCCAUCACUGGCAACAGGUCUUAUGUAACCAAUGAGGCAAAGUGAUUUAAUCUAUUCAACCAAUGGCUUAUUUUUAAAGGGUGUUACACUUAACAGCCUGCAAAUUUUGAAGAUAAAAAUAAAAUUGAGCUUACUUUUAUCUUAAAAUUUGUUGAUAUUGAUGAAGAUGAACACAGAUAAUGAAUCGCCAGAGACAGGAAAUCAAAACCAAUUGGUCAAUGUCAUCAAUAUCAACAAAUUUUUUGAUUAAGGUAAGCUCAAUUUUAAUUCUUAUCUUCUAAAUUUGCAGGCUGUUAAGUGUAACACCCUUUAGAAAGCAAAUAUGGCAAGAAUGUUCUGGAAAAUUCCACAUAAAUACUAAUCAAUUCUCAGAUGGAUGAACUCAACCAGGAGAAAAACAACAAAAUAUUUGCUUCAAUGGAUUAACAAUAACUUCCUUCAUUCAUUACAAAAUCAUAUACUAUGGAAUUACAACAUACUCCGGAAUUAAUAAACUCUGGUCAUCCAAUUUCCGAAACUCUUCCACUCAUCUCUGGUUUUCCAUGGAAACUUAUUCUUCUUCUUGCAAGCUCACAUAUUUUCACCAAAACCCUUGGUCCAUGGCUUAUGUCAUCAAGAGAUUCAUAUGAUUUAAAACCUUUCCUCUUAAUUUAUAAUGGAAUCGUCUUUGGAGCCAAUGGAGCUGGUAUUAUGUUAGACCUGUGGGUAACCGAUUGGGCUCGAGUUUCAUUUGAUUGUACACCCAUUUCGUAUCAAAUUACCGAUCUUAAACCUUUCUUUACCAUUUACCUGGCAUACAUCUUUUUCUGGCUUCAUAUUGGUGAAAUGGUUCCUCGAGUGGUUGCCACUUUAAUGAAAAAAAAGGUCCAAUGGGAUACUUUUGAUACAAUUACUGAGCUUUUCUUCAUUUUCACUAUUUAUUAUGGAAUCAAAUACUAUCCAGGAAAAGCAUCAUCAUUUCUCACCUUAGUUACCCUCAUUUUUGGCUUGUUUGACUAUGCAAUGCGUGUUUGUGCUUCUGCAGGACCACCAACUGUGGAUAUUGACUAUUGGCAAAAGACUUUCGCCUUUUUCAAAUUUCUUCACUCACUUUCCAUCCUGAUUCAUGGUUAUAUUUUAUUUUUUACUCCUUCUUGUUCCAACAUCACAACACUUUCUCUAUUAGAAAUAAUGGCUUCAACUUUCAAUCUUAUCAAUACUUAUCGUAAUGGAUCAACUGCAUGGUCUAAGGCUAAAUGUCUCAAAUUUGAUUAAACCAUUGUGAAUUAAUUGUCACAAUGGCGUUCCUAUCUGUCUUAUGUGACAGUUAAGAUAAUUGACUCAAAUUGGGUCUUGACGUUUUGUAUUAUUUUUAUAUUUUGUUACUUUCAAUGUUUACUUUCAAUUAAUGUGUUCAAACUGCACAUUAAUGUAAUCAAGAAAAAAAUUCAAGUUCACAUAUUUAUACUUUUUUUAUCAAAAUAAACUCGAAAGAUACGA